UACCGCAAACCACGGUACGACGAAACAAUUCAAAAAAUGGAAACUCGCACCUAUUACCCAUACAUAAAAUCGUUCAAUAAUAAUGACGUUAUUGAAAUCUCCAUAAACCAGAGGGAUUCCUGGGUACUGAUGCACGAGGCGGCAAUUGUGAUUGAAGGGGAGCUGAGAAGAGAUGGAGGUGAACUGCCACAAUUAACAACUGGAUCAACGAAGGAAAUUUGGGGUGUGAAAACAUGUACAGCUGUGGAGAGUCCACGAUUUGUAAUUGUUGCUUUUCAAUCGGACAAAAGAGAAAAUGAUUCGGUUGAUACGACCGUCUUUGAUAAUAUGCACGCCUCGGAAGUACGGGUCGUGUUGAACGGUGAAUAUUAUCCAGCUGAACGACAGGGUUUGAAUUUUGCCAAACACAGUUAUACCGAAUCGCAUUACAACUAUACUCAGUUUUUUAACAAUUUCAAACAUGAUGCAUCCCAAGUAAAGCAACCUCUACUCGAUUAUUCAACGUUUAAGGAUAAUACCAUAUUUGUUAUUGAUUGCUCCAAAAGAAAUACAGCACUGAAACUGGGUACUAUAGAUGUUAAAUUGGAAAUUGAAUCGAGGGUCGCAUUUCCCCAGAAAACAAAGGCAUAUUGCGUAAUCGUGCACGAUUGUGUUUUGGAGUAUCUACCGCUAAGUGAAAUUGUACGCACUGUGACUUAAAUAUAAGUUGAAUAUCGGCAUCACAAUGUGAAUAGAACGAGAAAAUAUUUCAUUGUGUAAACACCACAACGUCCACAACACUAGUAAACACAUGGAAUCCAACAAGCCUG